AGAGUGGACGCCGAGGUGCUCAAUGCCCAGCCGGUCGCUGGCGGCUCUUCUGGCUGGGCGGCGACAUGAGGUCGUGGUGGCUUUUGCUGCUGCUGCUGUUGCUGCUGCUCUUCCCGAGGCUCGGCGGCGCUGAGGGCGAGCCGCUCCCCGCGUCGCUGGUCGACCUGGUGAGGAACUCGGCGAUCUCCUCCGUGGACGAGCUGAAGCUGCUGCUGCGGCGAGAGGCGGGCGCAGUAGAAGACGAUCAUCAUGACGGCGCUCUCACAAACCAAACACACGGACGACACAUCAGAAGCAUCGUGGAGGUCGAGCAGGCCCAGCAGGCGGCGUGCAGAGUUCGGACCGAGGUGAUGGAGGUGACCAGGUCCAUGGUGGACCGUCGCAACGCUAACUUCCUGCUGUGGCCGCGCUGCGUGGAGGUACAGCGAUGUUCGGGGUGCUGCAACUCUCGGGUGAUGCAGUGUCUACCUACCGUCACCUCCAGCAGAUACCUGCAGGUGACAAAGAUCCAGUACAGCAACGGGAAGGCCUUCUACGAGAAAGCCAUCAUCUCGGUGGAGGACCACUUGGCGUGCAGGUGUCAGGAGCCCUCGCCCGACCCGGCGCCGUUCACCCCGCCGUCCCACCCUCACCCGUCUCUCCCCCGGGCGGCUCACCCGGCUCCGCCGAAGCCCCUCGGCUCCAAGGCCGACCUCCACCGCAACGACGACCUGAAACGCAACCAGCGGGUCUACGACAGCGAGGAGCAGGAGCCGGCGGCGAGGCGGUGGCCGCAGGGGGGGUACACGCAGCUGGUGCGCUGGACGCACCAGAGGCAACACCAGUCGGCCGACGGCUGGCCGUCGGACGCGGGGGCGAACCGCGGCGUAACGGGAAACCCGCCGCAGGUUGUCCCGGGGAGCGGACACGGGGGCGGUCGCGAGGAAGGAGGCGAAGUGCGUCGUCAGCAGUUCCCUUCCCGAAGCUACGACCACGGAGAGUCUGAGAAUCGCAAUCUCAGGACGCAACAUCGACUCAAUGCCCCCCAGUCGGACAACGCACCCCUUCCCGAUCCGACCCCGUCGCAACAAAGCCCCACCGCUGUUUCGCGCAUUUCCACCAACCACAGAGACUCGGUGACCAGCCGGACCAACGUUGAGGUGACGCCGACGCGCCAGAGGACGCAAGCGGAGCGCCAAACGGGGAACGGGAGGCGGGACGGCGAGCCGGCCGAUCAGGGCGGGGCAAAGGACUUGACGCUGGCCAAUCGUGGAGGUCUGCUCACAGAAGAGGAGAGGAGGCAGAAGGUUCUGGAAGUGGUUCAAGGGGAGCUAGACCGAGCCGCUCAUCUUCAACCUCAGCUAAGACCUAAACUAGCGCUCGCGACGGCGGCCCCGCCCUCCAGACGCCAGACCCCGUUCAGGCCGGCGUCCCCCCGUCGUAGGAGGAAACAUCGCAAACGCAUCAGCAAGGAGGCCAUGCGAGCCAUGAUCAUGUAGCGCCGAGGAGCAGGGAUCUGUGAAGCAAACCAAAGGCUGCGGGGCCCGGAAAAGCAGCACCAAAAGGGCGCGUAGACACACCGGACCCCCACCGGGACGGGACCGGAUACACACUGGAUGAACUUUGGCUUCACACUGGACACACGCUGGACAUUAUUGGACAUGUGGACUAAACGGUUGAAAAAAAAAAUUGAAAAAAAGAAGUGCAAUCUUAAAAACUCCAGGGGGGGGGGGGGUGGGUGUUGGGGGGACCGUGUCGCACUAAACACUGGAUGGAGUGGGGGCGCCACGUUUCGGUGGUUCACCGGACACCGCCGCGCGCGCUCCUCGGCUUCUUUUGGGUGACGCCUAACCCGCUCAACGUUGUACUACUGCCGCCUAACACGGAGCUCCGAAUACUACUGUACACGGACAACUAUACUGUACAUGAUCAUAUUCAAAGCAGUCUUAAAAGACGUGAGAGCGACGCUGUCAAACAGUUCAUAGCCCCACACUGUAUAUGUAUAAACGCCUCUAGCGACUUUCCAUUUCUUAACUUAUUUAAAAACACAAAAUGGAAAAAAAAAAAAGGACACUGAAGUCCUUCGGUUCUCAAGUGUAAUUAUUAUGACGAUAAUGAUAAUUAUUAUUGUUGCUGUUUCAUGUCAAAGGAACCAUUGGUUGUACACACUGUAACUGUAAUGAAUGUUAUUUUUCAUAGAAAAUUAAAAAAAAAAGGCUC